AUGUUUCAAGUCACAACCAUAAUUAAUGAAGCAGAGAAGUUAGAGAAGGAUCUCAAAGAGAAUCCUCCUCCCUCUGAAAAUGACAUAGAGGCUGCAGAGCUUGUUGUCAAGGAGAAAGGAGAAAGAGUAGCCCAGCUAAAAUCUGCUAAGGCAAGCAAACAAGAGAUUGUUGCUGCUGUUUCUGAACUUACUAAGGCCAAAGAGAACCUCGCGAUGCUAGAUGGGAGGCGUAAGCUGGCUGAGAGAUUUGAAUGCGGUGGUGGUCUUCCCAAGAAAGAUGGGAAAAUUGAUUAUGCAGAAGACUUUUUCGCUAGGCAAGCAUUUCUGACUGUAUCAGGGCAGUUGCAGGUUGAAACAUAUGCGUGUGCUCUCAGUAGUGUGUAUACCUUUGGGCCAACAUUUCGAGCAGAAAAUUCCCACACUUCGAGACAUCUUGCUGAAUUUUGGAUGGUUGAGCCUGAAUUAGCUUUUGCUGAUAUACAG